AUGGCUACGAUACACUCCUCACGAUUACUACGGCCCAAUCUCGCACUCGUGCAGCAGGACACGGUGCUGUCUUUCCUGGUGCCGUCGGUCCAAUGCGCGCGCUUCUCCACAUCACCCGCCCGAUGGAAAAGAGACAACAACAGGGACAGAGGCAAUUCCGCUGUCAGAGCUACCGGUCUGCGUCCUAGACAAACAUUGUCGGUCAAGGAGAAAGAUUUCGCAAAGCAGCGGUUGCCCAAGCCCGUCAAGAUCGAGCAGGAAGUGACUGGCACACCCGACCACGGCCUGUGGGAUUUCUUCAAGGACCAGCAGCUCCUGCAGACACCAGUAGAAGAGCAGAAACAUGGAAGGUCGUGGACUGUUGGCGAGCUGCGCAGUCGAGACUGGGACACCCUGCACCAGCUGUGGUGGGUAUGCGUGAAGGAGCGGAAUCGUCUUGCGACCGAAAAGCUUGAGCGAAAGCGUCUGGACGCGGGCUACGGCGACUUCGAAAAUGAGGAGCGAGACAAAACGGUGCAGGAGACGAUGAAGGCGAUUCUCGACACAUUGGCCGAGCGACACCAGGCAUACCAGGAAGCCUACGUGCUAGCGCAGAGCGAUCCAGAUAUCGACUUGUCGAGGACAGACGGUCCACAGUACACUCAAACACCAUAUGAACCCGUAGAAGCAGACGAGACGCCGUACGAGACUCCGGCCGAGCAAACCAUCGAAGAGCCCUCGAAAGACAAAGUACUUCCAGAACCCGAAGUGCAACCGAAGGAGAAGGUGAAUCACGCAUAA